UUGUAAGGAAUUGGAGUACCUAUGGAAACAAGACUCCAAAGUUGCCUCUCUUCUUCAAAAUCUUGAAGUUCUUGAAAUUUACUGGUGUUGGAAAUUGAUCAAUGUGGGACCAUCAUUAGCAUCUUUCCAAAAUCUUAAAGUUCUUACUAUAGCGAAUUGUAGCAGAUUGGUAAACUUAAUAACAUCUUUCAUAGCAAAAAGUCUGGUGCAAUUGACAGAAAUGGAAAUACGAGAAUGUGAUAUGCUGAUCGAAAUAGUAGAAAAUGAUCAAGAUGGAGCAAAAGAUGAAAUUACUUUCAACAAAUUGAAGUGGUUGUCACUUGAAAAAUUACCAAGUCUAACAUGCUUUUGCACUGGGAAAUGCACUUUCAAAUUCCAAACAUUGGAAGAGUUAAUUGUGAAAGAUUGUCCCAAUAUGAAGACUUUUUGUGAAGGAGUCUUAAGCACACCAAGAUUACAAAAGGUAUGGGAAGACAAGUGCUUGAAUAUUGGAAGUUGUUCAGAGGGUGAGCUUAAUACAAUCCUACAACAAUUACACAGAAGCUUGGUUCAUUCCAACUUUGAGAUAUUGAGAAUAAGUGGAAAGGACAUCACGCCUACUUGGCCUGACCAGUUUUCAAGCCAUGACUUUGGGAGAGUGAAAUCUCUUGAGUUCAUUAAGGACGAAUCAACAAAUAUUCCAACUGAAAUCUUACAGAGAUUUGACAAUCUUGAAGAACUUACACUAAAAAUGAGUUCAUAUCAAGAGAUUUUCUCAUGUGAAAAGAACGACAGGCAUGCUGGGAUUUUAUCAAAAAUACAAAUUCUACAAGUGUAUAGGUGUUGCAAGUUGAAUACUCUAGUGCCAUCUUCAGCAACUUUUAAAAACCUGACAACUUUGGAAGUAUGGCAUUGUGAUGGAUUAAGAAACUUAAUUUCAUUUGCAACUGCCAAAAGUUUGAAGCAUCUGGAAAUAAUGACUAUAAAACUAUGUGAAAUGAUGACAGAGAUUGUUGCAAAUGAGGCUGAUGUAAAGAAUGAUGAAAUUGUUUUUAGCAAAAUGCGGUUAUUGUCGAUUGAAGAUUUCAAAAGUUUCACAUGCUUUUGCUCUGGAAACUACACCUUCAAAUUCCCAUCUUUGAGAAGAAUAGAUGUGAAAGGAUGCCCCAAGAUGAAGACUUUUUCUGGAGGAGUCUUAAGCACACCAUGUUUAGAGGAGGUAUGGUAUAACAUGGAGUAUUAUGUCAAUAAGAAAGAGUAUGAGGAAGAGAAUUGUGGCCUAAAUGAAAUCAUACAACAAUUACACAAGAAGAGUGAAUUUUUAGAGUUGUGAGAAAGAUUUGGUCCAACUCUGAUGCAACCUGUGGAAUAAGGCCUCUAUGUAUGCGGUUUUUGGGGGCAUUGCAGUUUAUGUUCCUUGUGUUCAAUACAGACGAUAAGAGGGUUCUCUAUUUUCAUCUUCAUUUUUGUUCUGUUUUUAUUUUUUCUUCAAUUUGAGAUUUCUGCUUUGAAA